UGAGGGGUAAAUUGGAAGAAAUCAUAGACAAAAUCGUAGGGAUAACCCACUCUGUCCAAUCAUCCAAUAGGCAGCUGCUGACGUCCCCCUCUUCCGGUCAGAUGUACGGCCAACUUCCCUUUCCCAUUCCUUAUCCCAUUCCCCCGAUGUUUCUCCCCUUCACCUCCGGUCCACCUUAGCACCCUGCCUUCUCUUUUCCGAACUUUAAAUACCGAUCACGCCUGAAUCGGAGUCGGUCGCCGAUUUUCUCUGUUGUAUGGAGAACCAAACUGCUACUCAGAACACCUCUAGGCCUCACGCUGGAGGACGUGAAGACUGCUGGAGUGAAGGUGCUACUGAAACCCUAAUCGAAGCAUGGGGCGAUCGCUAUCUCAGGCUUAAUCGCGGCAAUCUCCGGCAGAAGGACUGGAAGGAAGUCGCCUACUCCGUUAAUUCACGUCAAAAUGGAGUUAAGCCUCAGCGCACGGAUGUACAAUGUAAGAACCGGAUCGAUACUUUGAAGAAGAAGUACAAGCUUGAGAAAAGCAAGUCAACUCCCUCAAAGUGGCCGUUUUAUAACCGUCUUGAUUAUGUCAUCGCUUCCAAUAAUGUUUCUGCCUCACCCUGUAAUAGAAGACCGCCUGCCUCGAUAUCACUUGCCGUUAAGGAAAAAAUUAGCCCCGACUCAAACUUUGGUGCAUUGAAUUAUUCAGGCGGUUCAUCCAGGUUGAAUUCAAGUGGUUCAAAUGACAGCGCACACGAUGAUUUGGCCUUUGGGAGUGGAGAGAGGAAGAAUAAGAUGGAGUACGUAGGGUUAUCCGAGGAUACCACCGCAUUUAAGGAAUUAGCAAGGGCAAUUUUGAGGUUUGGGGAGAUAUAUGAAAGGAUUGAGAGCUCAAAGCAGCAGCAGAUGAUGGAGUUGGAGAAGCAGAGGAUGGAAUUCACCAAGGACCUUGAGGUACAACGGAUGAAUAUGUUCAUGGAAACUCAGUUACAGAUUGAAAGGUCUAAAUGUGCUGCCAAGCAUCCCCCUUCGGCAGGAAAAUAGUUUUAUGCAGCAGUUACAUCUACUAGGGCAGGAAAUAGCUGCUGACCAAGGGCUAAAGUCACACAAAGGUGCUUGUAAAUUUUUCAUGUAGUUGACAGAAGAAGCUCAAGAAACUAUGAUUAUGCUUGUAUUUGGAUCUGCCAUGUUUGUGUACAUGAUAUGUUGUUAUGCUACAGGUUAUUGUAACUUAAAUAUUUAUUAGGGUGAUUUUUUUUAUUU